AUGCUCUUGAGUUUCAGGCGAAUUCUGCGAACGCUCGGAAGGUAUUUGGCGAUGUCGGACGUCACGUCGUCGUCGGUUUGGAAUGAGAACAAUCCUUUGGGGUCGUCCCUUGAUGUCGGCUCGAAGACGCGCAGCCCGCCGCCGAUACCAAAAGCGACACCGGUUUCGCAUUCGGCUCUCAACUCCAACACUAUUGCUCCAAAUGUAGUUCCAGUUACCGAUGAUUUGAUAGUUUUCGAGAGUCAAGAGGAAAUGGAAGCCAGUAAGCCGUGUCAACGAGCGCAGGAUGAUUGCCUACGCGAAUUUUUGCGCAUCGAAUCGCAAUUGGAAAUUCAGGAUUAUAAUCGAAGCUUCUAUCAAAUUCGAAUUGAGCAAGACAAAUUUCGGAUGGAGCCCGAAUUUGCAUCGGAAUGCGCCACCGCACCUCAUCAUUAUAUUAGAAAUCGAUAUCGCGAUAUAUUGCCAUACGAUCACAAUCGUGUUGAGAUCAAGAAAGAUGAUGAGAAUCCCGAAGGCUAUAUGAAUGCUUCUUUUAUUCAGUUGCCGGGCGGCAAAGCGCGAUUCAUUGCGGCUCAGGCGCCACUCUCGUCGACAUUGGAUGAAUGGUGGAAAAUGAUCGAUGAGCACAAUGUUUCGAUGAUUGUCAUCCUUUGUAAGCUCAUUGAGAAUAAUAAGGUGAAAUGUGAACGCUAUUGGCCGACUGAGAUCAAUGAGCCGGAGCUAUUCGGCGAUUAUGAGAUCACGUUGGAAGAGGAGAAAUCAUUUGAUGAUGAUGAAUAUGUGCUGCGGACAUUGAAGAUGGAGAAUCAGACGACAAUGGCGACUAGAAUAGUGUAUCAAUUGCAUUAUAAAGAAUGGCCGGAUCAUGGUUGCCCGUCGGGCGAGAAGCAGCUGUUGAACAUGAUCGAUGAAAUGGCGAAACUUCACGAGAAUUAUGAGCCGACAACGCCAAUUUUGGUGCAUUGCAGUGCUGGAGUUGGGCGAACUGGAACAAUUAUUGCGGUGAAUCAUAUACGCGAGCAGAUCAACGCCGGCACGUGCACAACCAUCAAUGUGUUCGAUUUGGUGUUGAGUUUGCGUCGACAACGUGCCAGUAUGGUUCAGACGCAGGAUCAAUAUCAGUUUGUGCAUCGGUGCAUCGCCGAGUAUUGUAGGCAGAAGCUUGGCAUCACUGUUGAAUUGAAGAAGCAGGAGCGACCGACGGUAUGUCACUUGAGCGGACUAGCGGCGGAUAACAAUCGCGUGUGUUCAGAACGCGCCGCCGGCGAUGCAAUCGAACAGCAGCGUGUGUCUGAUCGCGCCGCCGACGCCAACAUCGCCGGACGAUCAGCAAUCGUCGAAAAUUGGCGACGAGGAUUUUAUGGGCGACGUGCCGGAUUUUCCGUACGAGCCGCCUGCUCCGCUGGGACCGGAGGAUAUGGGCAGUGCGGCGAAUUAAACAGCGAUUCCUCCUCAACAUCGAUGAUUCGUUCGGCGUUCGAUUCGUUUGUGAAUCGCGCGGCCGUUGUGCUCCGCGAGCAGAAGAGCCGCCUCGAGCGUCGAGCGGCGCGCCUUCUGAAUCCCGACGGCACCGAAUCGAGGCCAUCAGGCGACGGUUGA